AUGGCUUGCGUCUCAAGUCAUAGUCAUCCCUCACCCACUCUAAAUCCACCUCGUACGUCCACCCAUGGAUCGAUCCAGCAAAACACACACGCGAAACUCAUGACACGUGACAUCCACCGCCUGACACCAUCACCGACAGAAGCCAACUGUUUCUCCCUGGGGGCUAUCUCGUGGGUCUCACGCGUAGAGACAGUGGGCACGAUCGUCUCUCGCGACAUGGCCGAGAAGUUCCUCAAGUUCAGCGUUGACGAUGGCACUGGCUGCGUCACGUGCAUCAUGUGGCUCAACCAACUCACUUCUCCUUACUUCCACCGGUUCGACUCAUCGACGAUUCUUCUGCACUCAAGGGUCGCUCGUAGACAAGCAAGAGACAUCAGAAUCGGAGCCGUAGCUCGCGUUCGUGGCCGCGUCGGCUUGUACAGAGGAGGUAUGCAGAUCACCGCGACUAAUGUGGUAAUCGAGAGAGACCCUAACGCUGAGAUCUUGCACUGGUUGGAGUGUGUUAGGCUUAGUCGAAGCUGUUAUCGAAUUCAAAGUUAAUUAUGUAAAAUGAUUUCAACUGUAACUCGUGGUUUAAGUCUUAUCAUUCAUCUGAGAAUGUCUAGUUUCUUCGCCUGUGUUGAAAUUGAAACUCGAACUGAUAACCCCUUACUUAAGUUAUAACUUUUGAACA